AUGCCGAUCUCAAGCACGAUACGGCAAGCACGAUACAGUACUAAGGGAGAAACGACAUGGAUCCAGUUGCAAGCCCUGAUUCCUGCGGUGAACAGACAAGAGAGAAGCCUCUUUCCGAACUUUCUACCCAAACCCAUUCGAAUUCCCACAAUAUUCCGUCGAGACACCUAUAGAGACGAAAUCUACGAGAGCCCAGAAUCGCACGCUAAGUUAGCUCUGGCGCCCCAAAGCUCACCAGCAUCAGCAUCAGCAUCAGCAUCAGCAUGGGAGGCGGCCCCAUUCUUACUUGCCAAGUCUGUCGCAAGUCGAACCGAUCCUCGGGGUCCCGGAAAACUUGACUUUACUUGCCCAAGAGACGAAAUAAUUUAG